GCUAGAAAUUGUGAGAUUAAUAGACUGACAAAUAUGAUGAUCUUGUAUUUGGUGUUCCUUGUUAUCUUCGCGUUCUUGUUCAUCAAGUUCCUCACUGCUGAUGGGGAUUUCACAUUAUUAUCAAAAGGGAAAGUGAAACGCGAAGAAAUUGAAGAUAAGGUUAUUUGGAUUACUGGAGCUAGUCGUGGAAUAGGGGAAAUUCUUGCCAAACAACUUGCAAGUUUAGGAGCAAAACUCAUUAUAUCUGCUCGAAAUGAAGCUGAGCUUCAGCAUGUCAAGCAACAACUUACAGGAAAAUAUGCACCAAGAGAUGUGAUGGUUUUACCAUUGGACUUGACAUCUGGGGAGGAAAGUCUGAGAUUGGCUGUAGAGAAAGCUGAAUCAUUUUUUGAUGCAGCUGGAGUGGAUUAUAUGAUUCACAAUGCAGCCUAUGAGCGUCCAAAAUCUACAGCACUGGAUGUGACAGAAGAAACACUCAAGGCAAUGUUAAAUGUGAAUGUCGUGGGCCCCAUAUCGAUGACGCGGAUGCUUGUGCCUUACAUGCUGAAGCGGGGAAGAGGACAUCUUGUUGUGAUGAGCAGUGCAGCUGGAAAGACUCCUGCACCAGGUCAGGCGGUAUACUCGGCUUCUAAAUUUGCAGUAAAUGGGUAUUUCCACUCCUUGCGUUCUGAGCUCUGUCGUAAAGGAAUCAAGGUUACUGUAGUUUGCCCAGGUCCUGUAGAAACUCCCAAUCCAAGAACUGGUUCAACCGAGCGGCGUGUUUCAUCAGAAAGGUGUGCGGAGCUGAUAAUUGUUGCUGUCAGCCAUGGUAUCAAGGAAGCUUGGAUAUCUUGCCAGCCUGUACUUGCUGUUAUGUACUUGAUGCAGUAUAUGCCAUCGGUUGGCUAUUGGCUUAUGGACAAGAUUGGUGAAAAACGUGUGGAAGUUGGUGCACAGAAAGGCAACACAUACUCCAUCAAUUUGCUCUUUGACAAAAAGAAGGAAAGCUAAAAGUAAUGUUUCUCAUAUGUUCCUCUGAAUAUUACCAUUUACCGCAUAUGUUCCUCUAAUAAUGUGCACCAUUCUACUUGCUUUCGUUAAGUUCCUCAGCCUCAAGUUAUGCAAAUG